AUGAGAGAGCCCGAACAGAACUCGCUCAAUAGGCGUCAUUCAAACACGCAGCACUACCAAACCUUCGACACUCCUCCUCCAAAAUCGCGUGGAAGACCGAACUCAGGCCAAUCCGAAUCCUCAGGCGGCGACUGGAAUCAGCAACAACAUAGAUCCGGAAGCGAGGAUGAAUCACGAUCUCCCUUGCCGAAGAAGCAGAUGGCAGUGUUGGCGAUGAUCGCGCUUUGUGAGCAGACGGCGCUCAAUUCGAUCAGCCCUUAUUUGCCUGAUAUGGCGGCGUCGUUUCCCGGAGUUGAGCCACAGUCGGUGGGUAUCUAUGUCGGAACGAUCGCCUCGGCGUUUGCGAUAGCGCAGUUCAUAACCAACUACUUCUGGGGUUGGCUUUCUGAUCGCGUGGGACGGAAGCCGGUCAUAUUGCUUGGGACCAUCCUCACUGCAGUUUGCAUGGUAGCUUUUGGGUUCUGUAGGACAUUAUGGCAGGCCAUCCUGGUGCAGGCGUUGAUGGGCGCUGUCAAUGGCAACCAGGGAGUGGUGUCAACAUGCCUGGGGGAGAUUACCGACAGAAGCAACCAGUCGAAAGCUUUCACUUAUCUCCCUGUCCUCUACGGUAUCGGAGGUAUUACCGGACCUCUUAUUGGCGGCUUACUAGUCUUCCCGCGAAAUCCUUUGGAGAAGAACAAACCCAACCCAUAUCCUUAUGCUGGGCCGAACCUCGUGUGUGCGGGAAUUCUUGGGGUGGAUUUCAUUUUGACGAGCCUAUUUCUCGAAGAGAGCCUCGAGGAUGCGGAAGUUAUUCCUACAUUCAAACGCAGAAUUCGUGCAGUGUUUGUCUGGUUGUGGGAGUGGACUAGUCAUGCAAAGCGGGCAAGACAGGCGUACCCUCCCCAUGAAUAUCAUUCCGUGCAACAGCAUGCAUCUGAGCAAGAUCAUGAUAGCGAACUCGACUCCGCCUCGGAAGUGUCCAGUCAUCAAGGAGUCACACAUGAGUCCCUGCUCAAAAGCGAGAUCUGGAAUCGGGACACUGUUUUGCUUUUGCUGACGUAUCUCAUCUUCGCCCUGAGCAACGUGUCUUUCAACUCGCUUUUCCCUAUUUUUUCGAAUGCUCCACCUCCGACGGGACGAAGCCUUACUCCGAGCGAAAUUGGUCUCUCGCAAGGCUUUGCCGGGCUGGCCACUAUACUUUUCCAAGUCUGUGUCUUCGGCAGACUGCGAGAUAAGAUGGGCAACAGGUGGUCAUAUCGGGCAGGCCUCUUUGGCUUCGUGCUGUCGUUCAUGCUCAUGCCUUUUGUCGGAUACAAAGGAGACGAUUCUGACGGUCGGCUGACCAAAAAGACUGCUUUCAUGGCCAUUGAAUUGUGCUUCGUACUCUUGGUUAAGACGGUCGCUUCGGUUGGCGGUUUGACUAGUGCACUUUUACUGAUUACGAACUCUGCUCCGGAUCACACAGUCCUGGGAGCACUUAAUGGUCUUGCCCAAACUCUUGCCGCCGCUGGUCGAGCAGCCGGUCCGUUUCUAUCUGGUGGCCUUUUCUCCCUGGCCUCCCGCAUCCAACCAAAGGGAGAACUGCUGGCUUUUGGUGUCUUUGCUGCCGUUUCUUUUGUCGGUUUUGUCUUGAGUUUCGGCAUCAAGGGUCGCUCUUUGGAGGCGCAAGAUUGGGAAAGCGACGGCGACGAUAAUUAUAAAUCAGAUGAUGAGCGUCCCUCAACCCCGUGA